AUGGAGUUUGGGAUUAUUGUCCUUGGUCUUUUCUUCUCCUACACACUUAUCAGAGUCAAUUUCAUAGUUUUUGAGAUCAGUAAACCCAAGUACCUACCUCCAGGCCCAGCCCCGCUGCCAAUCAUCGGAAACCUCCACUUGCUCGGCGACCACCCACACCAAUCCCUAGCCAAUCUAGCCAAGAUCUAUGGCCCAAUUAUGUUCCUUAAACUUGGUCGCACCACCACACUAGUCAUCUCCUCCGCCGCUACUGCCAAAGAAGUCCUCCAAAAGCAAGACAUUGCUUUCUCCUCCCGCCAUAUCCUCGACGCCUUCAACGCCCACAACCACUCCCAUUACUCUGCCGUCUGGCUCCCCGUUUCCACGCAGUGGCGCACUCUACGCAAGAUUCUUAACACCACCAUGUUCACCAACUAG